AUGGCCCCUGAUAUCAAUGCCAUUGGCACUGCAAAAUGGGAUUACUCCACGCCAGGCAGCUCUGGUUACAACAUCCCAAACAUCACAUACGAUGAUCCUAACAAUCGCCGGUUGAGAGUUCUUAGCAUUGGAGCCGGUCUAUCUGGUAUCUUGAAUGCGUACAACAUCCAAAAGUUCUGCAAGAACGUAGAUCAUGUCAUUUAUGAACGAAAUCCAGACAUUGGAGGAACGUGGCUGGAAAACCGCUAUCCUGGAUGUGCUUGUGAUAUACCGAGUCAUGCGUACACCUUGAAUUUCGCGCUGAAUCCAGAAUGGCCUCGAUUUUUCUCACCUGCACAGGAUAUUCAUGCUUACUUGAAUAAAGUAUGCGAAGUCUUUGGACUGAGAAAGUACAUGACUUUCAACACCAAUGUUGUAGAGGCGAGAUGGAAUGAAGACAAAGGCCGGUGGAUUGUCAAGAUGGAGCAGAAGAAAAGCGAUGGCACGGUGGAGCAAAUUGAAGAUGAAUGUGAUCUGUUGAUAUACGGCACAGGUGUUUUGAACGACUUUAAGUGGCCAAACAUCGAGGGUCUGGAUACUUUCAAAGGUACAAUCGUCCAUACCGCAAGAUGGCCGGAGGACUACCAAGCGGAGCAGUGGAAGAACGACCGUGUUGCAGUCAUUGGCUCUGGAGCCUCGAGCAUACAAACUGUUCCCAGCAUGCAAAAACACGCCAAGCACCUCGAUGUCUUUGUUCGCACGGGAGUAUGGUUUGUUGAAAUAGCCAACAACUAUGGCUCGAACAAGGAGUAUACGCAGGCCGAGAAGGACGAGUUCCGCAGAAACCCCCAAAAGCUUGUCGAGCAUGCCAAGUACAUUGAGGAUCAAGUGAACGGACUGUGGGAAAUUUUCUACGACAAAGGCGAAGCGCAGGGGAUGGCGCAGGAGAUGCUUAGGAAACGCAUGGCGGAAUUCAUCAAGGACGAACGACUACUACGAGGCUUCACACCGAAAUUUGCUGUCGGCUGCCGCCGCGUCACGCCCGGAGAUCCGUACAUGCAGGCCAUCCAGGAGCCGAAUGUCGACGUGCACUUUACACACGUUGCGAAGAUUACGGAAGACGGCGUGGUCGGUGGCGACGGGAUUGAGCGCAAGGUCGACACCAUUGUUUGUGCUACGGGCUUCGACGUGUCGUUUAAGCCUAGGUUCCCAGUGAUUGGAAAGAACGGCACGAAUUUGCAGGACAAGUGGAAGAUCUGUCCUGAAGGUUAUCUGGGUCUGGCUGUUCCAGAGAUGCCCAAUUUCGGAAUGAUGAUCGGACCCACGUGGCCUGUAGAGAACGGUGCAGUUGUUGGUCCACUACUUGCGGUGUCGGAAUAUCUGGUCCAGAUCAUCAACAAGAUGCAAAGGGACGACAUAAAGUCAUGGGUGCCGAAGCAGGACGUGACCGACGCUUUCAACGAGCACGCGCAGGAGUGGAUCAAACAUUCGGUGUGGAAGGAUGAUUGCCGGUCCUGGUACAAGAACAACGAGACGGGCAGAGUGAACGCUAUUUGGCCGGGCUCGUCACUUCAUUACAUGGACGUCAUUGCAGAACCCAGAUACGAGGACUUUGAGAUCACGUACCGCAACCAACGAAACAUGUGGUCGUUCCUCGGCAUGGGCUACUCCAUGAAAAACCACAAGAAGAAUCUUUCUCCAUAUCUUCGGGUGGAACAUAUCGAUCCAAAGUGGUUGGAGGCCGUGGGAAGUCCUGUGCCUCAGGAGGCGGGGACGACGCCACUUGGGGCCUGGAGGCCGCAUGACACUCCAGACAAGCCCAAGGCAGCCGAUGAUGCGCAAAAACGCGAGGAGGAGUUCCCUGGACAGUCCACGCUGGCAGAUUGAAGCCAAACGCAAGGAGCGGGGGAAAGGCGAGAUUCAGAAUGUAGAGAUCUAGCGUAGCAAGCCAAAAUCAAGAGAUUAUUUGAGCGA